AUGACCCCCUUCGAGGCAUUAUAUGGCCUCCCCCCUCCCCAACUGGCUCUGGGACCUUACCAGCAGCCCAGAGUGGCUGCAGUAGGAGAUUAUAUCAAAGAGAGACAGCAGAUUGACAUCAUGCUGAAACAGAACUUGAAGCAGGCUCAGGAGAGGAUGAAAAGAUAUGCUGAUAAGAAGAGAAGUGAGAGGGAGUUCAAAGCAGGAGAUUGGGUGUACCUAAGGCUGCAGCCGUAUAGACAGACUUCAGUAGCCUUGAGAGGGAACACCAAACUCUCAGCAAAAUAUUUUGGCCUUUACAGAGUAGAAGAAAAAAUAGGGAAUGUGGCAUACAAACUGAACCUGCCAGCCUUCUCGAAAGUCCACCCUAUCUUUCAUGUGUCCCUGCUCAAGAGAAAGGUAGGAAAUAAAAUCACCCCUACACUUCAAUUGCCAGACACGAAUGAAAGGGGGCAUUGGAGAAUAGAACCAGUGGCAAUGCUUGAUAGAAGGGUGGUAAAGAAACGAAAUGCGACUGCAACACAGUGGUUGAUCCAUUGGUGGGGCACGGAUCCUGCAGAAGCCACAUGGGAGGACGCAGAGGGGAUAAAACAACAGUUCCCCACCUUCCAAUAUUGA